UGAUCCGGAUUUUUUUUUUUUUUUUGGAGGGGGGGUGGUGUCGGAGGCGAGGUAGCAAAUUGUAUUUGGACACAGAAGCAAUGGGAGCUUUUGGCCUUGAAAGACAUUUUAAUUCUUUGUGACCUGAACUUUCACUUAUGGGGAAAAGGAAAGAAGUUAUCUCUAGGGAAAUGGUUUUAAUCGUUAGUCUUUGUGGGGCUGCACAAUUUUAGCUGUGUGGCUUUGGGUUAAUCAGUGUCUCUCUCUCUCUCUCUCUGCAUCUUGAAGGAUGUACAGGCUUCAGAUUCAAAUCCCUUCCAAUUGAUCUCCUUUGCUAUGAGGGGAAGCCUCACCCUCCUUCUCCACCCUAGGCUGACCUAUCACCCUCCCUCAGAACCUAGAUAUGUGGCGGUUUUCUUCUGAAGUGAACACUUGACUUCGUGCCUGCAUCUAACUCAGCACAAAGGACAUAGGGACUCUGUUAGACUUGAAGGCAGAUGGCCCAUCUUCAGUCUAAUAAGGAUCUCAUUUCUUCGGGAAUGAAGGAAUUUAAUGUUCUGCUGAAUCAGCAGGUCUUUAAUGAUCCUCUUAUUUCUGAAGAAGACAUGGUGACUGUGGUGGAUGACUGGGUGAACUUCUAUGUCAACUAUUACAAGCAACAUAUGAAAGGGGAGCAGCAAGAGCAAGUCGGGGCUCUGCAGGAACUCCAGCAACAGUUGGACAUUCUGGCAAAAUCUUUUCUGGUUAAAUAUAAGGACUUCCUGAAAUCCCAUGACCACCCAAACCAUAAGCUUCCUUCCUUCUAGCCCAGAGAUCCAGGCCUUCAUCUCCAAGAAGCCCUUAAAUUCUGGCUUUGUAGAUCAUGUACUCAGGACGUGCUUCUUCAUGAUACCCCAAUAAAUACCAGUACUGGUUUUACUGGA